GAGCUGCCGGCGGAAUCCCCGGCUUCUGGGACGGCGAGUGGCCGGGCCGGGUGCCGAGCGUGAAGGGCGGGAAAGAAGAGUUGAGCGGUCGCUCCGGCGCCGGGCUCGGUCGGCCGGCCGCAGGCCCGCGGGUCGCCCUCCCGGGCCUCGCCGGCGGGCACCCUGGCUGUGGGCACCUGCGGGGCGCACUGCGCGGGGCCGCUGGGCGGCGGCGGCAUGAAGGUCACGUCGCUCGACGGGCGCCAGCUGCGCAAGAUGCUCCGCAAGGAGGCUGCGGCGCGCUGUGUGGUGCUCGACUGCCGGCCCUACCUGGCCUUCGCCGCCUCGAGCGUGCGCGGCUCGCUCAACGUCAACCUCAACUCGGUGGUGUUGCGGCGGGCCCGCGGAGGCGCGGUGUCGGCGCGCUACGUGCUGCCGGACGAGGCGGCGCGCGCGCGGCUGCUGCAGGAGGGCGGCGGCGGCGUGGCGGCCGUGGUCGUGCUGGACCAGGGCAGCCGGCACUGGCAGAAGCUGCGCGAGGAGAGCGCCGCGCGCGUUGUGCUCACCUCGCUGCUCGCCUGUCUGCCCGCCGGCCCGCGGGUCUACUUCCUCAAAGGGGGAUAUGAGACUUUCCACUCGGAAUAUCCUGAGUGUUGCGUGGACGUAAAACCCAUUUCACCAGAGAAGGUUGAAACCGAGACAGCCCUCAUCAGUCAGUGUGGGAAGUCAGUGCUCAACAUCAGCUACAGGCCGGCUUAUGACCAGGGCGGCCCAGUCGAAAUCCUUCCGUUCCUGUACCUUGGAAGUGCCUACCAUGCGUCCAAGUGUGAGUUCCUCGCCAACCUGCACAUCACGGCUCUGCUGAAUGUCUCACGACGGACCUCUGAGGCCUGCACGACCCACCUACACUACAAAUGGAUCCCCGUGGAAGACAGCCAUGCGGCUAACAUCAGCUCCCACUUUCAAGAAGCAAUAGAUUUCAUUGACUGUGUCAGGGAAAAGGGAGGCAAGGUCCUGGUUCACUGUGAGGCUGGGAUCUCCCGCUCACCCACCAUCUGCAUGGCUUACCUCAUGAAGACCAAGCAGUUCCACCUAAAGGACGCCUUUGAUUACAUCAAGCAGAGGAGGAGUGUGGUCUCGCCCAACUUCAGCUUCAUGGGCCAGCUCCUACAGUAUGAGUCCGAGAUCCUGCCUUGCGCGCCUAGCCCCCAGGCUCCCUCCUCCCAAGGGGAGGCAGCCGGCCCUUCGUUCAUAGCCCAUUUACAGACACUGAGCCCUGACGUGCAGGGUUCCUACUGCACGUUCCCUACCUCGGUGCUGGCACCGUUGCCCACCCACUCAACGGUCUCAGAGCUCAGCCAGAGCCCCAUGGCCACAGCCACAUCCUGCUAAGACCAGAGUGGGAAAACCAGCCCAGCUCCAAGAACAACUGUGAUUUUGUAUUUUGACUCGUGAACAUUUCAUACGUGUGCAAUACUGAAGACCUCACUCUGUCCCGCUGUCCUGGUGGGACCAGUGAAGGGUCACCAGGUUUGCAAACAAACUUCAGACUGACCUCGGGGAUAGGUUCUUGGGACUGAAGGAAGGCCAAGCCAUUAUGAGAGCACAGCACGUGCUGACUACUGUAUUUCCAGACCCCCUGCCCUCAGGACUGCCCAGUCUUUGCACCUCAAAGUUUGCCUUUUCAUUUCAAGCAUAAGGCAAUAAAUACCUGCAGCAAUAUGAGAGAAAGCAGUUGCUGGACCAGGAGAAAAGGCAGUAACAAAGCCAAUUCAUUUUGAAGGAAGCACAAUUUCCACCUUAUUUUUUUAACUUUGGCAGUCUCCGUAUCUGUCUGUGUUGCUUCAGGGCAUAAGCUGAUCACCACCUAGUCAGGAAAGUAACCCUACAGGGUUUUAGGGACAUGAUGUAUAUGCUCGUUUGAACCCUCAGAUGUUUUUGAGACUCUGUCUUGGGUCAGGUGGAGUCAUUUGGGUGAAGUAGUGAGACAGUAACACUUCUGGUUUCCUCUUCACUGUGGGUUUUACCCUGACUUUGGACUUUGGCAUGAUUCUUACUCAUACUUGAACCUUUCUCGUUGCACCUCUCCUCAAAGCAACUCUGGCGUCAUUUGAAAAGAGUUCUUUAGACCAUAGACCAACAAUCACCCCUUUGAGGUGGUGGCACUGGGUGCCAGGAGAGAAAGGGUACCCACUGUCUGAGUCAGUGGCAUUGAAACGGUUAUCACCCCAGCUUGCUGUCCUUACAUGUGCUUGUCUGGUCUCUGGUGACACUUGUUUUCUUCCCUGCCCCUUGGGGUUGUCUUCAAGCUGUUGACUUCUGGGAUUUGCAGAUUUCUCAAUGUGGUACUACUUCUUUUUUGUCUGUAGGUUAUUUCUCCAGGGGAAAAGGCAAUAAUUUCCUAAAAUCCAUAUGAAUGUGAAGAAAAGCAGUAUGUUACUGGUUGUUGAUGUUGUUGCUUUUUAUAGUGCAAAAUAAAAAUAGUGAGAAGAACAAAAACGCUUCUUCAUGUUGGUGAGUUGGGGUAAGGCAGGGAUACACUGAGGCGGGGCCCAGCCUGCCUCACUGGGUUUUAUUUCCGAAUGAACGCUAAGGUGAUGGUGGUGGGUGUGCAGUUGGAGGCAUGAGGCUGUGCGUCUGCUCACGAGCUGGUGAUCUUAGCAAUACAGAAUAAUGCUUUCCUGUUGGGAGGUUUCCCUUGGCUCACUUGCAAGAGAACUCCUUAGGCUCAGGCCACAUGGAGACGUGGUCAGAGCAUCCGCCCACGCCGGGCUCUUUGUGAGCCCCAGGCAGAGUUCAACUUGAACCUCCACUUCUUCAUCCAUGAAAUGAGUGAACUAAGCUAGUUGAUCCCAAAAGCCCCUUAGAGCUCAAGACCCUUGAUUCCAGCAAACCUGAGUGGCAAGUUUGUGGUCAGCCCCCUCCCUCCAGUGCCUGGCAUGUGGCAGACUCUCAGAAAAGUUUGGAAAAACGACCAAGGGACAGAUAAGUGAACUAGGUAAAGGUUUACCUUAAAUGCCUGUUCUCCCUCUUUUACCCUUGGAAUUAAUUCUUCCAGAUAAUUCCCUCAGGAGUUCCUAGGUAAAUCCCUCAAUGAGUUGAUUUAAAUCCAAGGCUGAAUCAACUUGCCUUCUGAGUAAUUUCCUCUGUGUGGUGGAGGAAGGAAGGGGAAAUAUUUGCGUAUUCCCGUGGCUUAUGCCUCUGCUCCAGCCUAACUCUUGGGGCCUGUUUCCUAAUCAAGGGGAACGGGAAAUUGGCUGGGAAUGAUACCAUACUUGCCUGACACAGGGAUUCCAAUCCAUACCACCUGAUUAUGGUGGGGGGGGGGGCGUCCAGAGAGGCCUCCAGCUCCCCCACAGCAAGCACCAUGUCAACAAAUAGCAAGAUGGCGGCCGAGCCCAGGGUAGCCCAGCUCUUUCUACACGUCUCACCUCAAAGACUUUGCUUGAGACUUUGCUCCCCACACACCUUUCCUUCCCCACUGGUCCUUGGAGAGUCCUCAGAUAAGAAUGUCACCCAGACUGGGGUAGCUGCAUUUGCUUCAGCCUGCACCCCUCAUCUGCAUAAUCUAAGCACGGUUUCCAGGGGAAGAAAGUGGAGUGAAGGGCGCUGUAUAGGAGGAAGAAAUCCUGGGUUCUAGCCCUCACCCUGCCCCUGACUCUAGUGCUUUAGAGCUAAUCUCUAAUCUUGCUGGACCAAACUUCAGGGCUUGGUCUGCCUGAGGUCCCUCCCUGGUUUCAUAUCUCUGAGUCUCCGCUCUGCCUUGGAAUGUGUCCCAUUGUGUGGGCCUGUCCAGGUGCUGAGUGGCUGGAGGGGCCGCAAGCAGGGAGAGCCAGGGAGGGGGAAGCUGGAUGCAGGCUGGGGUGAUGUGCUAAGCCGCAGCCCACUUGCUGACAUUUGCUUUAUUGCAUUAAAUUCUUUCUCUGAAGGGUGAGUAAGUCCUCUAAAUCAGGCAUAUGAGGAUUGCUCAUAAGCCAGUGAGUCACUGGAGGGUAAGCCAAGUGAAGCCCCACAGCUGGGGAUGGCUCCGUAACUCUCACUCCCUUAAUAGUCUUCUUAUUAAUUACACCUCCAUUUUUGCCAAGACCAACUUUACAUUGGCUUCCAGUGCCAGGUGGAGAAUUAAAGCUGGUGUUAUCCAGUUCCUUCAUCCCCAGGUUUUGAAGGAACACCUCUCUUGGUCUCCAGCAAUGCUUCAGGCAGAGAUGUGUCUGGGAGAAUAGAAAUGUUAAUUCUCUGUUCUGUUCCCCAGCAGAGUCUGUGGGUGAGCUCCUCAGGUCUACCCUAGCUCCUGAGCUAGGCCUGACCUAGGGGCAGGAAAUGUGAAAGCAGCUCACACCAAUGUGCUCGCAGGAGCCCUGUGUACCCAUGGCUCUCCUUUGUGUGAGGACCCAGGGAGAAAGCACCCCAGAUCUCAAUACCCUGAAAGGCUGCAUCUCACUGAGUCGCUGGUGGUUUCUCUUCUGAACACCAUAAAGUUGGUGACCACCCCUGUUUCCCUCUUUGCUCAGGCAAGGAGACAGCUCAGAACCAAAUUUUUAGCCUACCUCUGGCAAUUUUAUAGGACCUUAUGGCAUAUAUUUUGGGUAUCAACUCUACCUGGUUUCCAUUAAAAUUUCCCAACUUUAUUUUUCUUUACUUCCAUUUCCACAGUAACUUUUAAAAAAGAACAACACUUGGGCAAUAAAUAUUAAACAUAGCACAGUGCAUUUAUAGAAUGAGGUGAUAUGAACGUAGAGAGAAGCCAGUACAUCCUCGGUGUUGCUACUCUCCCUCUCACUCUGAAGGAUUUAUCCAUGGGACUGUAUAAAUCUUCACCUUCUCAGUAAAUCUGCCAAGUUUUGUAUUCUUUCUGGAAUAAACCCUGUCCAGAACCCAAA